CCAGGGAGGAGCCCAGGGAACCCUUCCACCACAUCUGGCAGCUCCUCUGCAGCACACAGCGUUCCUCAGCCACGGAAACAUCUGGUACACAGCUGGAUAUCACAAGGUUUGGCCACCUCUGCAGGCAACCUGACACAUUUUACUCAAUUUCUAGUCCAAGUUUUCCUUAACAGAAGAUAUCACCAAUUAAGCUCUACUGGUGAUUAAUAAAGAAAUUCUGAGUCAGACAAGGCACAUGCAGAGACCAGCAUUCUAAGCUCUGUCCUGAGUUUAAUGAUGCUCAGCACAGACUUUCACAAAUCCCCCUCAACUCAUCAGCUGUAUGACAAAUAAGAUUACUUUAAAAAGUAAAGUUUUCAGUAGUCCUGCUCCAGCCUUGCAUUCCAAAUUCCUCAUAGUUACUGAUAUUUUAAGACUGUAUAAUCUUGUGAUUAAAAAAAAUAAAACUUAAUUAUAUUUCAAUGCUGUAUAAGCUGCACAAAACUACCAACUGCCAUAAUUCUUAGGUGGCCUUAAUUUUAAAAAAUAAGCCAGUUGACUCUUCUUGCAUAAGAAAAAAUAAAGCAACUGGAUUUGUGAGUGUUAGUGGUUGCACAGCAAAAGCCAAUGGAUUUGAAAAGCCAGAUCAGAAUUUGCUAAUACCACUCAAGGUCUUGUCUUGGACAAAGACACUUCAUUUUUAAUUAUGUCUGACACGGUAACAAGAGCAAGCAUUCUCAGCUAAUUCAUUGCCAGGUAACCCUGUAUCUUUAAAUUUAAUUGUUCUUAACAAAAACAUGGAAUUUAUAAGCUUCCCUGUGUAUCACACACCUGCUUUAUUUAAGGAAAAGGUUUGUAACAUAUUUGGCAAUUGUUAACCAAAGGGAUGUCAGAACUGUAACAUGCUUCCAGAGAUCUAGUAAAAUAACUAACCACAAAAUAACAAUUCAUAGUCUUAACCUGGCAUUAACAAAUGCAUUUGAAAUAUUUACCUCGACCACACUUCCUCUCAACAGCAAAUAUCACUGAGCACCUUCGGUCACAAUUCAACCCCCUCAGCCUACAGAUCAGCAGACUACCGGGGAGAAGCUGAAUUUUAAGGAGACUGAAUACCUACAAUAGAACUGUAAUAUAAAAUUCAAACGAACAACACGCAUCAGACUGAUGUAGCUAAAACACAGAGACUUAAUUCUCUCUACAUUUCUAACGAGUUUAAAUAGAUCCUGCCGCAACCCCCAAACAAUCUUUAGCUGAAUUACACAGAACUUUCUGCCUCAAGAGGCAGAGGGAAAAGUUUUGUUCUUCAUUCCUAUCCGAAGGAGGACUCAGUGUUCCCACAGAGAACAAACCCAGCACGUCCGGAUCUGCCAAAGAAUGCUCUGCUGGAUGACCCCGGCUUAAAUUCCCCCUGCCUUAAAUUCCCCCUGCCUUAAACUCCCCCUGGCUCAUCUGAAAUACAUCCCGAUGCCGGUCACAGUUAAAUGCUCUGGCGUGUGUCCGCAGAACGCCGGCGACAAAUAAAUGAACAAACAACGCAUUCAGUGUUGAACGCGCAUCUGGGUGCAGCGACUGGCAACAAUUCGCUCUCAUCACGUGAAAUUCAAAAUAUCACCAUCACGCUGUUUGCUCGGUGGGUAUUUAAAAGCGAAGUUGACUGAAACAGACCGAGUUGUUCAAUGACUGUGUAACACACGGACACUGACACCAGGAGCCGGAAGGGCUGUUCUACCUCAGCCCUAUUGCUUCAACGAUCCAUGCAAUGAGUUUUAAACCUGCACGGCCUCCAGAACCACCUUUCCACUUCUUUAAUGACAGAUAAUUAUGGGAUGUGCUGCUCAUUGCUGUGCUGUGUCAGGAGAUGGACUGGGACCAGUUGGACUUGAACCCUAGAACAAUUGCUGCCCUGAAAAAAGCUGACAUAAAAUCAGUAAAAGAGAUUUUAAACCUGUCUGGAGCAGACUUGCAGAGACUGAUGAAGCUCUCCAGUGCAGACAUCCAGUGCCUGCUGAAAACAGUCUCUCACACACUGAGGAGGAACAGCAUGCUCACAGCGCUUCAGCUCUACCAAGAUAAAGAUCAUUUCACCUCCCAGCACCAGAAGCUGAGCCUGGGAUGUUCAGUGCUGGACAACUUGUUGAAAGGAGGCAUUCCUUUAGUGGGGAUCACGGAGCUCGCUGGGGAGAGCUCUGCUGGGAAGACUCAGAUUAGUUUACAGCUGUGCCUGUGUGUGCAGUAUCCUUACCAGUAUGGUGGGUUGGAGUCUGGAGCUGUCUACAUUUGUACAGAAGAUGUGUUCCCAAGCAAACGUUUGCAGCAGCUCAUUGACCAACAGCAGAAGCUGCGUGCAGAUGUUCCAGCUGAAAUCAUACAGAAGAUCAGAUUUGGAAACAGCAUUUUUGUUGAGCAGGCAGCAGACCUGGACACCUUCCAGCAGUGCAUCACGAGGAGGCUGUCCGUGCUGCUGGCUCGGGGCAUGGCGCGCCUCGUGCUCAUCGACUCCAUGGCCGCCCUGUUCCGCUGCGAGUUCGGCCCGGCCGACUCUGCCCUGAAGGCUCGCUACCUGCAGAGCUUUGGGGCACAGCUGCACAGCUUGAGCACCAGGUUCAGGACUCCCAUCGUGUGCAUUAACCAGGUGACGGAUGCAGUGAGCGAGUCGGAAGCUGCUCAGUGCGGUUGCAGGGCGGUGGGUAGCAGAGUCACUCCAGCCCUUGGGAUAACCUGGUCCAACCAGCUGCUGAUGAGACUGAUGGCCAGGCGGGUGUCGCUGCCCGGACCCUCACCUGGAGCAGCACGCUGCGCUGGGAGCAGGAGGACUUUAAGCGUUGUUUUUGCUCCUCAUCUCCCUCCAUCCUUUUGCUACUAUACAGUACAGUUGGAAGGUGUGAAAGGAAUACAGUAACACUUUUGCAUAGUAAAGCUCCAAAAAUGUACCAGGAUUUUGCUUCGAGAAGAAUUACCGGUGAAAUGCAAUUCUUCCUAGAUGAGAGAAAUUGAUGGUGAAGUAUAUGAACAAUGGUAUGGCAUCAUUUAGCCUUGUCUGUAUUGUGCAAGAUGAUCUUUUUACACUUGGAUAUUCAGCUUUUCCUUGUGACAUGAGUGUCCUGGAGGUUCUGAAGGAAAGGGAAGCUGUGGGCAGGUGGAGGCUGCACAGUGGAGUGGGAUGUAGCAAUCCCCGUGAUGGGGGAGAUCUCAUGUCUAAUUUUACUUUAAUAGCAUGCUCAUCUAGAAAUAGCAUUUACUGCAGUUUUGUACCCUGUUUCCAGACCCAACAGGACUUGAAAUUCAACCAGCCUGCUGCUGGUUCUGGGUCUCACUCUGUCAAUUAAGGAUAGCCAUUCUCUAUCACAAAGCAGCUGCCCUAUUUUAAAAUAAUUUGUUAUUAAGAUUUUAAAGAAAAAAAUCCCAUAAAGGUACUUUAACAUCUUACUGUAAGAAUUAAAAUUGCACAGCCUUUGUACUGGAUGAGUGUAUCUAGCUUCACAGCACUCUUAAAUUUUUUUAAUAGUUCAUUUCCACUCUUUUCCUGCUUUCCAGUCCAUUCCCUUCACAGCAAAAGCCUCUUUAGCCUCUUUUAUUUGACGGACAGCAAACCACAUCCCCCAUCCCCUUGUUCUCUUUGCCCACUGCUGAAGCUGUGUAGCCUCAGGGCAAGGUCUCUGUGUUCUUCCUGAUGCUCUGCCCUGCUCAGUGUUUUGCUGGAUCAGCAUUCUUCACGGGCUUCCGGAUUGCUGCCUCUCGUGUCCUGUGUCCCUGCUGCUGGGCAGCUCAGCCAUGAUCCUGAAGGGCACCUUCAGCUCUUUUCAUCCAUUCAGAUGCUAUUGCUCUUCUGAGGUGAUUUUUGUUGUUCAGUUAGAGCUUCACAUGGGUUUUCUUCCUGUCUUUGUGCUAUUUUGUCACAUUUUUCUGCUGUCAUCAGACCGCUGCCAUGACAUCCACUCUUCCUGUGGCUGAAUUUUCCCACUGCUCUGUUCCAUGUAAAAGCAAGCGAGGUGAAGUUACACUGUCCAGAGGCCUCUGCUCUGAGGGUGGCUGCUGUCAUCAGUGAGUGAUGCUCACCUGUAUCACACACUCAUCAAGCUCUCACCUUCCCCCUCCUCCUGCUGCUGGCCCAGACAAGAACUCCAUGUUGCUGUGGAGUGACAUUGCUCAGGUCUCUUUCGGCCAGGAACCCUGUGUUUGUGAAAAGCUGCCUCCUCUGCCUUUCCCCAGUCACAUUCCUUCAGGCCAUUCAUCCUCUUUCCAUGUGGAAGCCUGCAGCUGGGUAGCUGAAAGGGAAAGCUUUGUCUGGCUGUAACUGCUCAGCUGGAACUAUGGCAGAUUUCUCAAGGGACAACUGAGUAUGACUCAAGGAAAAUAAACCCUGUGUGACUGCCUGGGGAAGUUCCAGAGAAGAACAGGCACAGCUUGAAGUUGAAGGAAGGAGAUUGUAAGCAAGCAGAAAGGAUGAGCUGCUUUCAGUGCCUUCUGCAACCCCUUCAGAUGUCUCAGGGGCCCUUGUGCAAAUAGCACAAGUUGUGUCUAAAUCAUUUUUCUAAAAUGUCUUA